GGCAAUACUGUAUGACACUCGCGCGGCUCCGCUCUCCCAGGCAGCGCGUACACGGAAACCUUGGCAACGGCGGAUCUGAGAGGAGGGCAGGAGCCCAGGGGGUAGGGCACACAGGACAAAAUGUGGAGAAGAAAGCGCCCUGCCACUAGGUUAGCAGAAAUCCAGCAACUCUACCGGAAGUACGCCUCAGGCCAGAUGACUUUACCCGCCAUCAGCCUCCUCAGCUUCCUCCACAAGGAGCAGAUGGAGCUCACAGCAAAUGAGGGGAUGGUGGAGAAUCUGAUCGACAGAUAUGAGAUUGAAGAGACAGCCAGAGACAACAGAUCCAUGACGUUUGAAGGCUUCCUCAGGUACAUGGAGUCCAAGCACUGCUGCGUGUUCAACCAGGCCCACACAUCUGUGUACCAAGACAUGGACCAGCCUCUCACCAGUUACUUCAUCUCCUCAUCACACAACACCUACCUGACUGGAGAUCAGCUUGUGGGCAAGAGUGACCUGGAUGCCUAUAUUUGUGCUCUGAGGAAAGGCUGCCGCUGUCUGGAAAUUGACUGCUGGGAUGGGCAAAAUAUGGAGCCUGUAGUCUACCAUGGCUACACCCUGACCACUAAGUUACGCUUUAAGGAUGUCAUCUCCACAGUGGAACAGCAUGCCUUUGAGGUAUCUGCAUACCCUGUGAUCCUGUCUUUGGAAAACCACUGUUCCCAGCAGCAGCAGGAGGUCAUGGCUCGGCACCUCAUCUCCAUCCUUGGGGACAAGCUGCUGAAGGAACCCUUGGGUAAUCCAAACACCGCAGCCCUCCCUAGCCCGAAUGACCUUAAGUACAAGAUCCUCAUCAAGAAUAAGAAGCGACUGCCUCAGAAUGAGUCAGAGGAUGCAGCAGGGGCAGAGGUAGAGGAAAGUGCAGAUGAGAGUGAAGAUGAGGAUGAGGAUGAGGAGGAGGAGGAGGAAGUGCAUCAGAGAAAAGUAAAGUCCUGGUCUAUGAGAAAGGCAGGGCCAAAGAAGAAAAAGAAGAAGGUGGCAGUGGCCGACACUUUGUCUAAUCUGGCUAUAUACACCACAUCUGUCAAGUUCAUCAGCUUCAGUCACUCCAAGGACAACCAGAACGACUGUGAAAUCACAUCUAUGGAGGAGAACAAAGCCCGCGAGCUAGUCAAAGCCUCAGGUGCAAAUUUUGUUCAACACAACCACAGGUUCCUCACCAGGGUUUACCCAGCGGGCGCAAGGAUAUUCUCGUCCAACUACAACCCACAGGAGUUUUGGAAUGUUGGGUCGCAGCUCGUGGCGCUCAACUUCCAGUCUCUGGGUUUGCCUAUGGACCUGUAUGAUGGCCGUUUCCAGGACAACGGGGGCUGUGGAUACGUCCUGAAGCCGGAUGUGCUCACAUCCACUCAGAGGAGAUUUGAUCCUGGGUGCAUCCAGCCCAGACAGAGACACACACACCUGCUGCUUAAGGUGAUCAGCGGAUCAAAUUUACCUUCACCCAGGACCACUAAAGCUCUGGACCUCUUUGUCAGGGUCGAGAUUCAUGGGAUUGCAUCUGACUGCCGCAGAAAAAGCACACAUUCUGUCAAAAAUAACUCCCUGAAUCCGUACUGGGAUGCAGUCAUGAAUUUCAGCAUCAACAUCCCUGAGCUCUGCCUCGUCCAGUUCUGCGUUCGAGACCAGACGGGCCGCUUCAGCAGCGAAUCUGUGUGUCAGUACACGCUGCCCUUCAUGAGCCUGAAGAAAGGCUACCGCUGGGUGCCUCUCCGGUCCCGAGAUGGAUGCAGUCUGGAUUCAGCCUCCCUCUUCAUCUUUGUAUGGUAUUCCUAGAAACAGCUCUGCGUAUCAGACUUACACACAUACCUCGCCAACAGACAGAGAAGCGUGGCUGAUGCAGCAACAACAGCAAAUAUAUAAAUAAAUCAAAGCACCAUUUCCUCAGAUAUAAAUACCAGUUUUAUUGUCAGAAAAUAGAUUUUGCCUGCACUGUGUGCUGCAGAGGAAAAGACCAGAGGGUUCCAGCAGGCCUGAAAAGAUACUCUGCUUUGUUAUAAUCAAAUUCAAAAAAGAAAAACCCUGGGGUAAAAUACUAUUUUUUUUUUAUUUAAUAAUUAAUCAUUGAUAGAAGUGCAACCACUGUGGUAUCUCCUGGGCUGAGAGGACGAUUGAAAACAUCCUCAGGAACUUUACUAUUUUGUCUUCAUCACCUCUUCCAAAACAACGCAUGUCUUUUAAUUAGAGCUGAAAGUGAUGAGUAAUGCCAGGACACAUUAGUAGUCCAUGAACACUACAAUGAAAGCGUAGCAAGGGCUUCUAAGCCUACCUCCCUGCAAGAGACUCAGCAGGGAAUAAUAUAAAUAGCAUUCACAGAGGUAUACAUUAUUGAACCAAAUCCAGUGCAGGGAAGUCUAUUCCUAUCCUUGUUCAUCGCUAAAUCCUAUGAAUGAGGCAGAGGAGAGUACGGGUCAGCAGGCCUGUCAGGAGGAUGGCAUUAAGAUAACAUGAAGACCUGCCUUCAUCUAGAGUGAGUAUAUGUGUGUGGGGGUGGGGGUGUUUUUUCUGUGGUUUUUGCUUUGCCAUGUCAAAGUCUGCUUUUGCGUGUUUGUGCAUGUAUGUGUGGAGCUGGAUUUGAAUGCAACUGAUGAUCAGACAAAGGGUGGAAUGAGGGGCAGAGUGUUAACUCAGCGCCUCGGGCAAAGAAAGACACAGUUGUCAUCCUGCUCACACACACACACACACGCGCACGCACACGCACACUCACACACACACACGCACACUCACACUCACACACACACGCACACACUCUCACCCUCCUCCCCCUUCUAAAUCCACCGGUCAAGGACGUCCAUCUGACACAGCCCAAAGGGACAAACAUAGUCAGUCUGAGCAGGUAACGGGCAGGCUGCUCCAACAGCGCUGCAUCACCUCCUCCUUAAUCUGUCAUAUUGGCAGUUCUGGACACACACACACACACACACUGACAGGGACUGUUUAGACUCACAAUGAGGAAAACCAAGUCAUUCCACAAACCAAAGUGCAAGUAUGUUACGUAUAGGACAAUAUUCCUACAUUUUACCGUCACCAAGGCCACAGUUAAAAUAUUAUUUCAUGAGCAAACUUCAUUUGAUCAACAUUUAAAAA